UCCCACUUCUCUCUCUCUCUCUCUCUCUCUCUCUCUCUCUCUCUCUCCAACCGAGACCGAGAGAGAGAAUAAUACCAAAACCAACGCCGUUUCAAGCACAGUAGAUAGUGCGAGCGAGGGAGAGAAAUAGAAACCCUCGGCGAAGAAUCCCCAAAUCCAAAGAGGAACGGCGGCGGCGGCGGCGGCGUGACGGCGAUGACGUCUCGGACGACCCAGGCCAAUGGCAGCCACUACCGCCUCCGCCCAUACCUUCCGGCUGGCAGCCGCGCCGAUUACUUAGGUCCAUCCUCCUAUGCCUCCUCCUCCGCGGCCUCCUUCAAGGGCUGCUGCUGCUGCCUCUUCCUCCUCCUCACCUUCCUCGCUCUCCUUGCCAUCGCUGCCAUCCUCGUCAUCGUCCUCGCCGUCAAGCCCAAGAAGCCCGAGUUUGAUCUCCAGCAGGUCGCCGUCCAGUACCUCCUCGUCGCCCCCGCCGCCGCCGCCGUCGCUGCCGGAACCACCACCUCCGCCCCUCCGGCGGCGUACCUCUCCCUCAACAUCACGCUGCUGUUCACCGCGGAGAACCCGAACAAAGUGGGGAUCCGGUACGGGGAGACGAAGUUCGUGGUGAUGUAUCGCGGGGUGCCGCUGGGCGUGGCGACGGUGCCCGGGUUCGAGCAGCCGGCCCAUUCGACCCGGCUGCUCCAGACCUGGGUCAGCGUCUCCCGGUUCAAUGUCCUCCAGGCCGACGCCGUCGACCUCAUCGGCGACGCCACCGUCAACGACCGCGUCGAGCUCCGCGUCACCGGCGACAUCGGUGCCAGGAUCCGCGUCCUCGGCUUCACCUCCCCCCGAGUCCAGGUAUCGGUGGAUUGCGCGAUUGUGAUCAGUCCGCGGAAGCAGUCGGUGACCGACAAGCGGUGCGGGGUCGACGGACUGAACGUCUGAACGGAACGGCGAGUAUCGAAUUGUUUUCCGGCGAAAAGAUUUAAAAAAACAAGAAUGUGUUAAAUUUUGUUUUUGGAUUUUUAUUUUAGUUUUAACUUUCUUUAUUUUUGGAAUUUAAUAUUGAAUUUUUAUUCGGUUG